GUAAACAUCCUUGCGCACUCUACCUACCCACGAUGCAGCGCGGUUGCAUACAACAUAGCCAUCUUGUCAAGAGUGACUGAGUGAGGGAGGUAACUGUAGGCGCUGUUUGGAUUCUCGUUUGUUUUAAAGCGUCAAAUAUUACAGCGUUUUCCUCUCUCGAUCGCCGUUAGCCUCAACCUAAUUGUCGCCACCGACGGACUCUGAGCUGUGAGGUGAGUGGAUACAAAGGACUGCUUUCGGGAAGAUGUCUCACAUACUUGUUCCGACGUAGGGGGAGUGUGCAGCAGCCAGUUGGCUUGACUUGCUAGCUAGCUCGGUGAGUGGAGGGCUGCGGGCCCUCCUCAGCCUAAAGUAGGUCCUGCAGCUGGGCAACACUCUCUGCGACAACGGCCGCCUGACAACUGUACAGCCGGGACAUUAGCAGGCCGGUCCGGACCGUCAGAGAGCUCCGGAUCGAUCAUCCUCCAGGCUGCUGGUAUCGCUGUCUAAAGCCGCAUUGCUGGACAAGACGACACGAAGUGUGGCGUUGCGUUAUGAGCUCAUGAAACGCAACAGGAGACCGAGAGAGGAAGAGGGAUGGCGUAGAUUCAUCUCGAUUACAGUUAGCUAGGCUAAGUAAAAUACAAGUGUGCUGUUUAAUAUGAUCUAAGCUUUUGGAAGCUGCACCCAGCUCGUCUCUUUCUGACGGAGGAUAAACAUAGCCAUACUGGACUUGGAAUCAGGCUGACAAUAUGUCGAAAAUGCCGGCUAAGAAAAAGAGCUGUUUUCAGAUCACAAGUGUGACUCAGGCCCAGGUGGCGGCUAUAGGUGCUGCAGACGACACGGAGAGUCUGGACGACCCGGACGAGUCACGGACUGAAGAUGUGUCUUCAGAGAUCUACGACAUGUCCCGGGCUGAGUACGAGCCUGCCUGUGACAGGAGUUCAUCUGAAGAAGCCCUGAAUAAUGUUGGAGAGCCAGAGGCGAUUGGUGUUGUGGCACCAUCACACAUACCUCAAGCCGGUCAGGUGUCUGCCAUGGGGGAGUUUCGGAAGGUGGGAGGCUCAACUCAAGGUGGUCAGCAGCCGCAGGGGAUCGGAGCUACAACUGGUGUCAUCACUCAGCCUGGAGCAUUGCAACAGCCUGCUCCUGCAACCAGUGUGUCAGUAAACACAUCCCAACCUGCUGCAGUGACCAGCACAGUUCCUCCUCCUGCCACCUCCACUGUGAGUUGCACUUCACGCUUCAGGGUCAUCAAACUUGAUCAUGGUACCGGGGAACCCUUUCGAAGAGGCAGGUGGACGUGUACAGAGUUUUACGAGAAAGACUCUGAGGGCUCUGCUGUUAGUAGGACUGUAGAUAGCAUCAGGCAUGCCAGUGCAGCAACGCUGGACCCUGCCGCAGACAGAGACAGUGGGCUCGGGCAUACAGGAGGAUCUGUGGUGGCCCCCGCAGCACACUCAGGUCAGGGCUUGGGCUCUGUGGCGGAUGCUUCUCUCGCUUCAUCCCGUAUGGAGACACCACCGCAGCAGCAAAUACAUCAAAACUACAGCACCCGGCAGCAUGGUGUCAGUGGGUCGGCCACACAGAGUGCGUUCUCCAGCCCUAAACCUACAGCUGUCCCAGCUCAGCCAGCAGUGGGAAGUCUCCAGCCUUCUGCUCCCCAGAGCGUGCUGCCCGUCGGACAAAACGGCUUGCCUCAACCUGUCAUCCACUUACAGAAGUCCCCCAUCAUGCCUCCUGCAGCCCAGCCCAUUGCUUACCCUCCCCAGCAGCAGCUUCCCAUGGGCCACCACCUGACCAGCCAGUCCUCUGGACUGCUCCAGAACCAGACGGAGUACUAUCAGCAGCCCGCUUCCAUGCAGCCGGGGCUUUCCACUGUCCAGUCCCUCCCAGUGUCCAGCCUCUCUGUUGGGCCACAGCCUGUUGGACAAGGACACACUUCAGUCCUGCCCCCAGCCUCUGGAGGGACUUCAGUGCCAAGUCAGGUUGGAGAGGUUGCAGGAGGGGGAUCUGUGCCUCCUGGACAGCCAGCUCCAGGCCUCCUGCAGCAGCAGACUGGAGGAAUGGGAGGCGUCGGAGGCUCCAUGCUGGUCGGUGGAUCCACUCUGCAGCAGCAGGCCGUGAGUCAGUAUCCAGCCGCUGUAAAGCCUCAACCCCUCGGCCUCCAUCCCGCAUCAUCCGGUGUACAAAACGUGCCUGCCAUCGCAGUGAGCUCCAGUGUGCCCACCACUGUGCCCACUGCUGUGCCCAGUGCCUCCAGUGCAGCCAUGCCAAAUGUGACAACCUCCAGUUUGCCUCCAGGCCAGAUCCCCCACAGCAGGACUCUAGUGGCUUUGGGGGCACAGGGCCUCCCAGCAGCUGGAUUUGGACAUGAGGGUGGUGGUGGUGGUGGCGGAGGGAAGUCAGAGGGUCUCAUCAACGCAGUGUCUCCUGUCGUUUCUGGGAAGGAGCCGGGCAGGCCCCUCAUGCCCGAGAGCCUGCAGCUCGCCACUCCGACUGUCAACAGCCUGUUUGGAAUCCACAUACCUGUCGACGGUGAUAUGGACAGGAACCCCUCCAAGGCUUUCUACCAGGCCUUCCAGUCUGGCAGCAGAUUAAGGGACUCAAAGGCCCACAGUGAUAGGGCCUCGGGAACCAAUGUUGCUGCCAUUGAUAAUAAAAUAGAACAAGCAAUGGACCUGGUGAAAAGCCAUCUGAUGUACGCAGUGCGCGAAGAGGUGGAGGUCUUAAAGGAGCAGAUCAAGGAGCUGUUUGAGAGGAACUCUGUGCUGGAGAGGGAGAACGCCGUGCUGAAAUCUCUGGCCAACAGCGAGCAGCUGUCUCAGCUGCCUGCCCAGUCGGCCGCCAGCUCCAGCGCCACACCCCCGCAGCAAGGACUCAGCCAGCCUCAGCAACAGACCCAGCCUCCGCUUCAAGUUCAGCCUCAGCCGCAGUCCCACCCCCAGCUCCAGCACCACCCCAAACCCCAGCAGCUCCAGACUCAGCCUCAGCUCGAUCCCGGCCAGCAACAAAUGCAACCCAACGUCACCUCCGCUUGAAGUGCAUCUGCUCUGCUUCGCAUAGGGCAGGGAAAAAAAAAAAAGAAGAGCAUCUUCUCUACAACCUAUUAAAAUUAGUGUAUGUGAAAUUAAAAAGAAGAAAAAAAAACUUUGUCUUCUUAGCCACCAGCUUGACCACAAAGUACAGUGCUUGUGUGUGUGUGAGUGUGUAUGUCAGGGUGAGUUAGCAAACAAGUGCGACUGUGAAUCGGUGUUGGAAUGUAAGUGUGUGUGCGUCUGUACUGUGGGCCUUUCCAGUGUUAAUGCAAUCAUCACAGAGAGAGACUGAGAGACAGAGACGGAGAAAGUGUGCAGAGACAGAGUAUCAGGGAAGGUCGGGGUGUUUGUUUUCAUCUUGGCUGUGCUCCCAGAGUGGUUGACUGCUGGGUCCAAGCUCGUGGACAGGAUGUCUUUUCUUGGACCAGGCUUGAGCCAGACCAGCCCACGACCUGACCUGAAACCUGCUCGACCCGUGGGUGUGGAAAGGGAGGGCUUCACCUCACAUAAGGGACAAAUGGGGGGGGGGGAUUGUCAAAAAGAGAGUGAUUAUUUUUUUAAAUGAGAUAACCGAGUGGGUAAAGGGGUAUUUUUAGCCUUGCUGUUUCAUGUUGUAAAGUAAAAAGUGGGAGAGAAAGAGAGAGAGUCUGUUUUUCGGAGCGCCACACUGCUGCCGUUACUUUUACAUCAACUCUUGCAUCAGUCUUUUGAGUUCUACUGUUAAGUGUUUUAUUUAUUACAGGGCUGCUAUUUUCAUAAAUGAACAAUUUCACAAAACCCAUCUAACAACAAUAGCCCGGUGACUUGUUUCCUCUUUUCUUCUUCAGUGUUUCAACAGAUUGGCCAUAGAGGCCAAGUCCCUCCCUUUCCGGUCGACCACCAUGGGACCUUGUCUCAAAACAAUAUAUAUCUGAAUGGCAGUCAACAGAGCAAGAAAAAUAUUUUUUAAUCCUGUUUAAAUUAUGCCACACAUUACCCUUAAUAAUUGUCAUUUUAAAAUAAUUUUGCAAGUCAAAAAGUCAGUUUGUCAUAGUACUAACGCUGCAAUAAACCAAAAUUUGAACUAAACUGCAAUAUGGUCAAGUACAAGGUCAAGUCAGAGCUGUAAUUUUUUUGAUAAAGGUAAAAUGAAUAUCAAACAUAAAACCUACCAUUAUAAAUUAAGUAUUGUGGGGCUACAGAGAUGCUUCAGCCUGCAAAUCAUAUUCCAUAUGUAAGGGAACGUGCUUGUUUGGUACAGACCCCCAAUUUCUACUAAAAACGGAACUCGUGUUGCAGCAUCUGUCAAAAUAAACUCAAUAUGUUUUGCACGUCAUGCAGCCGUACACACUGCCGUUAAGUUUUUAGUUAAACCGCUCAGUGAACGUCUUUGGUCGUGCACAAUGCACGUUACCAACACUUUAGUUAGUUAACUCAGCUGUGUUCCACGCACAACUAGAAAUGUUCAGAUGCGAUUUUUUUCCCUUCCCGAUUCUGAUACCUGAACUUGGAUAUUAGCCAAUAGAGUACCAAAAAAAAAAAUUAAAAAGUAACCAUACUUGCUAUCUGUGUAUGAAAACAAUGGUGCAACACAAAUAUUGCGAUAAUAUGCUGUAUUGAGUUUUUUUCCCAGAGAAAGAUCUGAUUUCAGGGCCAAACUGCCAAUUUAUCCAGGUAUUAAACUACUCUAAAGUUUGUUAAUAAAUUGUAGUGUCGGAUGAGUGCAUAGAUUUACGUACUCACCAUCUAGUAAGGCAGUAUCGGAGGCAACAAUGUAAAAUAGAUAAUGGCAUACUUCAAAUUGAAUGAAAAAAAAUUAUGUCUUGUGCGGUUAACAACCAUUCUUCUUGUUUUCCCACAAAUUAGGUCCCACGGUGGUCCACCGGGAGGGGAGGGGCUUUGCCUCUCUACACUUCCCAGAGGCAAUGCUUAAUGUUUAAUUGCUCAAAAUGUAGGCAAAAAUGUUUAACACUAACUCAGAUUUUACGCUGCAGUUGCCAAUGCUUAGCUCAAGUUAAGAUCUAGUAUGAAUGUACAUUUUUGUAUAGUAUAAAGUAUUAAGAGCCUUGAUGGGUGACCCUUCACCCGCUGACAUCAAAUCUUAACAUGAGCCUGCAGAAGGUAUUUGAUGAAGACAGUCAAUUCUGUUGGUAGUUUUGUCUCAAAGUGAAUUAGUAUUGCCAUCACCCCCCUCCUUCAUGUUAUUUUCUCCCAAUGUUUUGCUGAAGGGGCCAGGGGGGAAAAGCUGUGAAAUCAUUCAACCUACUUUGUAACCAAAGAUGCAAAGCUGUGUAAAUUGAUUAUUUUUUAAAUGCACACUCAUGUAUUUUUUUUUUUUUUUUUUGUUACUUCCUCCUUCACAAAAUAUUUUGUUGCUGUUCGGCAUGUUCUGCAUGAUCUGUAAUCUUCAAACCACUUUCUUACCUCAUUUUUAUUCAGCACUCUUAUUGUAAGAUAGUCUGUGAACAGUGUAAAUGGGGCGGGGGGCGGGGGGGUGAACUGAUGCGGAGCAGAGAGAAAAAUAACCUAGUGUUACUGACACUAGUCACAGAAAAAAUGAAGUGAGCCAUGUUUUGUUCAUUUAAAUGGUGUUUGAAUUUCAUAUGCCAAUAGUUUUGUUACAUUGCAAAUUUUAAUGUAUUUAAAUAAAAGCAAUAUUCAGAUUCCAAAA